AUGCCGUCCGCUUCGCAAUCUUCACAGCAAUCCUUCACCAUGAGCCAGCAGUCGCAGCAGGGGCGCCCCAAUGCGUCUUUUCACGGCAGCUUUAACGUCAACCCCAGCGGCCCUCAGAUCUACUCGGCUUCUUACUCCGGAGUCGACGUCUACGAAAUGGAAGUGAACACUAUCGCUGUAAUGCGACGACGCCACGACUCUUGUCUAAAUGCCACGCAAAUUCUCAAGGUCGCCGGUGUUGACAAGGGCAAGCGAACGAAAAUUCUCGAGAAAGAAAUCCAAACUGGAGAGCACGAAAAAGUACAGGGUGGUUACGGAAAGUACCAGGGCACUUGGAUCAAUUUUGAGCGCGGUGUCGAAGUCUGUCGUCAAUAUGGUGUCGAAGAACUCCUCCGCCCCUUGCUCACUUACGACAUGGGCCAGGAUGGCGGCGUCGCUGGGCAAGGUGAUUUUAACACGCCAACCAAGGAGCAGGCUAUGGCUGCCCAAAGGAAGCGCAUGUACAACUCGAACGCUGAGGGCAGGCCAAAUGGCGUCAACGGCACAUUUUUCAAAAAUAUCUCGAGCACCGCUUCGCACGCCGUAGCAGCAAUCAGCAAGGCACGCUUCGACUCACCCAACCCUCGCAGCCGUAAUGGCCCCUCCCAUCCACCAAGCUUCAGCAGACAACCCUCGAUGCAAAACGGCGACGAAUUUCCUGGAAAUUCCCAGCAGAGCUUUGCUUCCGAAUACAGCCAGCAUGUCGACUCUACUUACUCGACCCAGCAAACCAACGGCAUACCUCCUAUGCUCGAAGCUGAACCGCCUCGAAAGCGCCAACGGGUGAACAUGACUCCUAGUGAUAGUUUUGGAGGGUACGGUCAGAGCAUGGAGGCUUAUGCCAAUGCGUUCCCCGGAUCUCCGACUGAACCCAACGAGUCUUUCAUGUACCCGCAGAGUGCCAUGCAGGACCGAUCACCCAUUGAAGAGACUAACGGAUCCCAAGCACCACUCCCAUAUGAGAUGUCUCCAGACGCGGAGUCAAAACGGGGUCUGCUUAUGGGUCUAUUCAUGGACUCUGCCACUCCCGAUUCGUCAAAGCACGAUAUGCUUCGUACGCUGACGCAGAGUGAGCUUGAUAUGCCCAUUGACUCGCAGAGUCACACUGCUCUGCACUGGGCCGCAACUCUUUCACGCAUGCCGCUUCUGCGAGCGCUGAUUACUGCUGGGGCUUCUCCAUACCGCGUCAACGGUUCAGGCGAGACUCCUCUUAUGCGCGCCUGUGUUGUAACGAAUUCCAUGGACCACACGUCAUUCCCUGAUCUGCUGGAGGUUCUUGGUGGGACCAUUGAGGCCAGGGAUCACAAAGGUCGUACGGUUCUGCAUCACAUUGCAGUCACAAGCGCUGUGAAGGGCCGAAAUGCUGCUAGCCGCUACUACCUGGAGAGCCUGCUUGAAUGGGUCGUACGCCAAGGCAGUGUGCCGAACAGCCAGAACACUGGCGUUAAUGGUGCCGCUCCCAAUGGCUCUCAAGUUACUAUCCCUAAGAUGGGUAUUGCUCGAUUCAUGACUGAAAUUGUCAAUGCUCAAGAUAGCUGUGGUGACACUGCUUUAAAUAUUGCUGCCAGAAUCGGUAACAAGAGCAUCGUUUCCCAGCUCCUUGAAGUUGGCGCUGACCCUAACAUUGCCAACCGCGUAGGCCUGCGGCCAGUCGACUUUGGUAUCGGUGUUGAGAACGCCGAGGAGAAGCAAAACGGCGAGCCCAUGUCCGAGAAACCCAGCGCUCCUCCCGGUUCAAGCCAAAAGAUGCGCGAGAGCAGUGACGAUAUCAUUGGAUCCAUUACCCACCUCUUGGGCGAGACCAGCUCUGUAUUCCAGCAGGAAAUGAAAACAAAGCAAAUCAACCUGGACUCGCUGCAUGCGACACUACGCAACACCUCGACACAGCUGGGCGACGCGCGCCGCAAGAUUGACCAGCUCUCGGCCUCUGUGACCAAGCAGCAGCUCGCCCGUCAAAAAGUGUCCAACCUGGCGCACGCCCGCGAAGACGAGCAGUCGCGUCUACUGAACGAGCAAGCCCGCUCAGUGCAGCCGAACCCGUCGUCAUCGUGGGAAACGGAGCUGGGCGCAAUGCUCGAGGCGGCCGAGGAGCACAACGCCGCGGGCGGCUUCGGCGCCGAGGGCAUGCUGCCAUCUGCCGCUGUUCUCACGGCGCGUAUCCGCGCCAUCGAGUCCCGCCGUGACGUUACCCGCAAGAUGGUCCAGGCCCUCCAGGGCCGAAGCCGUGACGUCGAGGUCAAGUACCGCCGCGUCGUCGCCCUGUGUACAGGCGUCGCCGAGAAGGAUGUCGAUGCCGUCAUUGACGGCCUACUCAAGGCUGUCGAGAGCGAACGCGAGGAGCUGGAGAUUGACCGCGUCAGGCGCUUCCUAGGCGGUGUCGAGGGUGUCGUGCAUUAG